AUGUCGUGUUUACACACUCAUCAGCAAUAUAGGCCAAUUGGUCUAAGCAAUGUCAGCUUCAAAAUUUUUACUAAAAUUAUUGCAUCAAGAAUGUCAGGUCUCAUGCAUAAGCUAGUUUCUCCUCAACAAGCUGCAUACAUCAAAGGAAUAAAUAUACAAGAUCAAAUUAUCUUAGCCUCUGAAAUGGUUAAUGAAAUGAAGAAGAAAAGAAGAAAUGGGCCAAAUGGUUUCUUUCCUGUGGGUAGAGGGUUAAGGCAAGAAGACCCUCUAUCUCCAUUACUCUUUGUUUUGAUGGAAGAUGUACUUAGUAGGAAUAUCACAAAGUUGGUAAUGGAGGGUAAGAUUAAUCCAAUGCUAUUAGAAGAUUAUCAAGACAGUUCAGGUCAAGUGAUAAACAAAAACAAAAGUAAACUGUUUGUGGAUGGAACAACAGCAGCAAGAGUAAUACAAAUUAAAGAAAUGAUGCAAAUGGAAGUAAGUAAUUUACCUGACAAAUACUUGGGAGUCAUCUUACAUGCUGGCAGAGUUAAAAUUGCUACAGUCUGGCCUGUGGUGGAGAUGAUGCAAAAGAAGUUAGCUAGCUGGAACGACAAAUUGCUUUUUUUUAAUGAUAGAUUGGUCCUAAUUAAAUCAGUUCUUUGCAGUGUUCCAAUUUAUAGCAUGUCAAUUUAUCAAUGGCCAAAAUCUGUUAUAAAAAUUUGUGAAAAAAUUAUCAGAAAUUUUAUGUGGUCUGGAGAUGGUGAUAUCAGAAAAUUUAAGACCCUCUCAUGGAAAAAGGUGUGUUCUCCUUAUAGUGAAGGUGGCCUUGGUCUGCAAAGAUUGGAAAUUCUCAAUAAAGCUCUGCUCAUGAAGAUUUUAUGGAGAAUCAUUAAUUCAGAAGCUGAAUGGGCAUUGUUUAUUAAGGCUAAAUUCAAAUACAUACAUCAACAAUGGAAGUGCAAUUGGAAACUGUCAUCCAUUUGGCCAGGACUGAAAGGGGCUUGGAAUCAUCUGAAAGAAAACAUAAGAUGGUGCCUUGGAAAUGGACAGAAAAUUUCUUUCUGGUAUGAUUCAUGGCUUGGUAAUACUCCAAUAAUUGAAGAGGUUGGACUUACAGAGUAUGUCAAGAACUACAUCAACUUAAAGGUGUCAGAUUUAAUCCUAGAUGGGAAAUGGAAUGUACCUGAGGAGCUAAAACCAAUAAUUGCACAUUACACUCUGCCUGCAAUUGGUGUUGGUGAGGAUAUUUUGGUAUGGAAAGAAGACAUCAAAGCUUGUGCAAUUUUAAAAUAUCUCUGGUUCCAGAAGAAUAAGAUGUGGUUUGAGCAGAUAAAACCAAAUUUGCAAAGUUUCAAGGCAAGAAUCAAAAAAACAAUCUAUGAAGGAAGCCUCAGAAUGAAAAGAAACAAGUGGAACUCUGACAUUGAUAAUCAGGUAAUCCUCUUCUUCAAACUUGAGCCAAGAAAAAUCAGAUUUCAAAGCAUAAAAAGUUGCCACUGGAAUCCUCCUUGUCCAGGCUUUAUUAUGUUUUGUUGUGAUGGUGCAUCAAUUGGAAACCCAGGAUUUGCUGGUUUUGGUGUUGUAAUUAGAGAUCAUAUGAGUCAAGUGUUGGGAGUUAUAACUGGAGGAAUUGGAAUUGCUACAAAUUACAUAGCAGAAGUGUAUGCAGUCAUAAGUGCAGUGGAACUGGAUGUUAAAUGGGGGAUGCAUAAGGUAAUUCUGGUUUCAGAUUCCAAAACUGUCAUAACAGAAUUUGAACACAAUAAGAUGCCCUGGUUUGUGAGAAUGAGAUGGCAGAAGGCAAUAAAACAGAUUCAAAAUAUCCAAUUCUUACACAGCUACAGAGAAACAAAUUUUGUUGCAGACACAGCAGCAAAAAAAGAGCCAAAUUGGCUGCAGGGCAAAGACAAGUAUUUGUUGGAAGACCUAGAUUUCUGGAUAGAGUAG